CAAAAAACCGGGCAUCCUCUGAACCUAGGCGACGCCGAGUGCUCGCCGUCCGCCGUCUUGACCAACCUUUGCCUGUGUCUGUGCCUGUGCCUUGUUUGUGGGGCUUUGCGCUGCGGCCUUGAAGAAGAUCAGUACGAGUAGAGCGACCGCCUACUCCACUAUGAAGACGACUAGGACAGGGCGAUACGUUGAGCAGUCCGUCCAGUCUCCCUCGCCGUCCUCGACCCCGUCAAGCGCGUCGCCCGUCCGAGAGUCUCUUGAUGGGCGCAUGGCAUCGGCCAAAGCAUGAAAACGAUCCCCACGCUCUGUGCAACGAGCACCGGCAUUGGCGUCUCUGCCCUGGGGUUUGUGCUUGCCCGACCAGACCACGACUCUCGCCUCGACCGUCAACAACCUAUCCCCAACAACACCAGCCGCCGCUCCAAUUCGCAUAGAUCCAGCUCCUUCCUCCACCCUCGUUCACUUCCUUUCACUGCCGACCCGGGGGGCCCUCGACCGCGGUCCAAUUCCCGAGCAUCGUCGCUUGCUCCGCCCAAGAGUGAUAUGACAUCGACGGCAACCUGCACGGUACAGACCGUCGACACAUACGCGACUCCUACAUCCUUCUGUGCACCCUUUGGCUUCUCGGCUCGCCAGUCUCUCCGCUCUGCAACCAACCAGCACACCACAUCCUCGAGGAAUGCGCCGGACCAUGCGAGAACGGUCCUGAGAAAAAGAGACGGCCAUACAAUGCCUCGUGGCGCAAACCCGUCGCUUCGAGACGAUGCUGAAGCCUCACCCCCGAUAUCACCCACCUUUGCUCCUCACCAGACGCCGUCAUGGCUCAAGAGGUUUUCCUUUUCUUCGCGCGACUCGACGCAAUGUUCGAGUUCUCGCCCAAAUUCUUCCGUCAUUUCUGUCGCUCCUUCAGCCUCGGGAUCCACUACCCCGAUGAUCCCCAGCCACACUCCACCCAUCAACACAGCCCCGAACAAACUUGUCAAACGCUCCACGUCUGUGAGCAAAGUGCCCACCUCGGCCUCUCACAAGCGAAGUGCUACGCUGCAAGAACGACGCUCUCACGCCAUACCGAAAGCCGAAGACGCUUUCAGACGCUCUCUUUAUGAUCCAACGCCCGAGUCGAUGCCCGAUGUCCAAUGGCGUAAUUAUUUCGGUCCAAAGGUGGCUGUAGUUCCAGCAGCCUCGACACGGCGUCGCAGCUCGACCAGCAUCCCAAAUCCUAUCAAAAGGGUGACGGCGGACAGGAAAUAUCGGCCGGUCUUGGUGUCCGCUAGAGAAAAUAUCAAUGCUGCCCCCAUUGAAUUUGAAAAUGAUGCAGAAGAUGAUGAUUUCGAUGCUGUGUCCAGUUCGAAUUUGAUGCCAAAUAUCCCGAUAGCCGGCCGUUACGGUUCUCCAUCUCAUCAAACUGCAACCCCUGCGUCAAAUCGACUUUCGCGAGCGACUGUUGAUUUCCAAACCAACUCUUUUGACUCCAGGAUAGAUGAGCGAAAAGGCAUCGAAGACGAACUGGAUAGGCAAGACGUCGCAGAAAUGUCCAGAAUCGAGUCGGCGUCAAGUUCCUUCUCUGUUAGCGACAUCCUCCCCGUGGAGCCACAAAUAUGGAAGCAGCCACCUCCUAUCAAAGCAGCGCCCAUCGUAAAAUACCGUCGCCCGGGCGCGCGAGCUCGAUCCAACACGCCCACCAGCAUGGGCAACAGGCAAAGCAUCUCCCACGAUGAAUCGUCAGAGGCGCCUGUGAGACACCGUGACGUGGAUAACAUUACACAAAACACCGAGACGCCAUCUGUUAGCAGCCCCAUUACCGAGAUAGACCUUAGACUACCAUCGCACGAGACGCACAUCGCUUCGACUGCAUUACCCACCGCCGCCAGCUUCUCAAACACACAUAGCGAGGACCGUGUAUCCUUUGACACUCUACCUUCAGCCUCGCGGCCUCUCCAUCAAGCGGCACAUCAUGUCGACAACACAAUCCAUCUGGCCGGCUCAGACAGCGAUAUUAGAUCAGGCGAUGAUGAGGGACUUGAUUCACAGAGCGACACAAUCUACGACUCUGUCCGGACCAGAGCGCCAAAGUCGAGUCCAGGCAGGCGAGGCCCCUCGAUAGAAACAAUUUUUGGUGAAUCGCCGCCGUUCCAUAUCCAUGGCAAACACACAAUGCUCAGAGACUACCUACAAACAGGACCUUUGCACGAACAGGGGUAUUCACUAAAGCCACGACACAGCAUUAUACAUGAAGAAGACGCUAUCUCUACCCCAGCCCGCUCCGCUCGGAAACAGUCACUCGGCAGUUCACCAAUGCUUCACAUGAAAGACUCGCCUGCCCAGUCUAACCUUCCAUCGUCGCCACCUACUAUGCCAUCUCUUUCUGACCUUCGCCAGCAUGCCGAACAUUUCCCAGAUAUCACUGACGAUGACGAGGAUCAAGAAAGUUCGUGGUCUUUCGCUGACGACGACGAUGAUGAACCCCAAGUCCCAAUGAAAAAUCGAUUCGCUCACCUCGGCAUCACUCCUGAUCUCCUGUCACCACAUGGCCAUGCUUCGAGCUCCGCGAACACGACUCCACAACGACCCACUGUUAGGAGCACAGACAGAGAUACACGUAGCAGCAUCUUCGAUUGGUCCGAACAACAACCUAUGGAGAAAAGUCCGAAUAACCGUUCACCUCCCCGCCCUAAGACUGUGCAUGGCAAGAAGGACGCCGAAACUCGUGGUAGCAGAUCGGUUGGAAGACGGGCCCCGAGCGGUCUCCACACUCGAAGCCAGAGCGUACCUGUAGCCCAGGAUGCUGAUGGAAAACGGACUGGCACCAACAAAUUCGGCACUUGGGGCAUUGGCAGCAAAGGUGUCACGGAAGACUGGAACGAGGAUUUCGACUUCGAGGAUGAAAGUGCUCCAGAAGAGAAGAGGCUUGACAGCGGUGUUUCAAUGUUUGUACCAAAGUCUAUCCGGGACCAGCAGACCAACGUGCUCGCCAACAUUGGUCUGCUUCGGGACUGGGGCCUUCUAAUCGAGGAACUGAAGGAACACAAAAUGCGGGCUGUUAUGCUUGAAGUGCUUGACGGAGGAAACGAGAAGAUGUGGAACGAAGUCGAUGCUAUGAUCGACUUGGCAGACCAGGAGUCUGACGAACAAACUCUGGCUCCGAGAUUUUCACCACCCUCGUCGCCGUCUUUCAGCUACGAUGCCUUCGACGAGCCACUCCCGACACUUCCAUCGACAGACUACCUGAUGCCCGCCCCUUUGUUCGGUCUACCUGAAUCGCCAGCGAACGGUGAAUUCGACUUUUUCAGCGAAGAAGGAGCCAUCUCGCCCACGCGUACUGAUAACGGCAUCUUCGUCACACCAGCAACACCACAAAGACCGCGCAAGAACUCGGAAGCCGUCGCACGUUCGGUUAUAGAAGCACUCCAACAGAAACGUCUUUCCGAGUCAGGCCUCAAUCCUGAAGGACGAGACAAGGUCCACUUCGACACUGCAACUUUGAAGAGAAUCAUCCCCUACGUCCAAGAACUUCGCGAUAGAGUUAAGAAGGUCAUCAGGGACGCAGAAGACCUUCUUCCCAGCCCGAAGAGUCUUGGAGGCAGUAUAGGCUCCCACGGCAGUCGCUCGGUCCGUAGAAGGAUACGAGAAGCGCCCGAAUCACCAACCAUACAUCGUCGAAGUCGCCGCUCCACGAAUGCUAUCGAACGUACAUCUUCAGAUGAGGGGAUACACAGCCCUACAGAAGAGCUGAAUGCUCGUUUACGUCUCAUGGCCAUGACAUGA